AUGAAGCUGUUUUUAUUAUUUUUAACCAGCAAUUUCGUAAGUGCGCAGUUUCAGUGCCUCGUUUGUUCCAGUACAAAGAGAGAAAUUAAAGAUAGAUUCUUACCAAGUGACAGGCCGACAAGUGGAAGCGAUAAUGACGAUUGCUGGUACCCGCGUAGAAACUCGUCAAAUCUUGAGUCUUGCGAAACAGGCUGUUAUCAUCUCUACUACGCAUAUCGAUAUAAAAAUGUUGGCAAUCUGAAGCAGAAUAUCGAAUACACGACUGUUGAACGAGGCUCCUUUUAUUACACUGACAACGUGGCUGAAAACGGCUACUGGACGGUGACAGACUUGCCUUCAAAGCUUAAUUGGAGCCUCAAUGACGGUCUUCACUGCUUACAGUGCCAAACAAAGCCAAACAACACGGAUGCAGAGCGCGAUCAAUGCUACUAUUCCGUCAAAAGCAAAUUUUCGGGGACAUGUGACGGAGCAAAUUUUACAACCUGCGAUUCUGCCGUUUCCAAAUUCUGGUCUCGUGACAAACUUUACGAAUUUGCCAAAAGAGGAUGCUCUGAAAACCUGCCUGGAGAGCCAGAUCAGUGGGCACAAGGAUUCGUCAAUCGACAAAUGUCGCCAUAUUUCAGAGGACAAAAUGUAACAAUGGUCCGAAAAUACUGUGAUUUUGACGAUUGCAACACUCCCCGUGCUGAUUUCAUCACUUCUUCAGGCAUUAAUUCAAAAUAA